AUGACUGGCAUUAUCGUCCUUAUCGUGAUCAUCAUCAUAGCUGUUGUGUUUUUAAUUGCCUGCUUAUUGGCAAAGAAGAGAGGAAGGCGCUACUCUGUUGAGUUUAACUCAAGACCGGAUGAUACCAACAUCCCUCUGAGCACCAUGCAGCCUGAAAUGCCUGCUGAUUCUACAUCUCAGAACGGUCUGAAAACCUUUGAAAGUACAGAAGCUUCUGCAAAAGAAGCUCAAGAACCAGAGACAAAACCUUUAGUACAGGAGGAGCAAAAAGGUGAGAUAUAUUGUUUUGCUGGUGAUCCAAGCACUGAGUCUGCAGCUCCUGCUCCAUCUGCAGGCAGCUCUGAAGACAAAUCCAAAGAGGACGUUGUUGAGCAGAGUCCUCCCAAACCUGUGGAGCCGAAAGUGGAAGAGAAAACUGACGAUGAAGGCGACGUCUCCAACAAGACCUCAGUGGAAUCACUGAAGGAGACAAAUGAGAACAACAGCAACAAUGCUGACGUGACUCAGAGGAAAGAUUGGAAGUUGGCUAACAUCUUUUGGGAUGUUUCCCUGGACAGCCCGGUGUGAUACAUCAUUGCCUUCUGUGCCUGCUCUGGUCUUCAGACACAUGAUCGAAGAAUGACUCAUAAACUCAAGAAGCCGCAGCGGAAGAAGAUGCUUCUAUUCAAACUGUGUGAGAAAUUGACUUUGCCUAGCCCAUGGAUACGAAUUAGUUGUAAAACAGCAGCUUCACAGCUAACUUCCAAGUAAUAUGUCAGCUGAGCUCAACUUUUUAAUGACUUCACAGAAAAUAAUUUUGUUGUAUUAUGUAACAAUUUACU